AUGGAUAGAGCCGCUGAAAGCCAUACUGGUCCCAGGAACAGCAUCGAUGAUACCAGGGCCCUGCUCAUAUCCCGACAGCCACCAGAAGAGCAAGCAUAUGUGGAAAUGUUUGCCGUCAUGCUACCGUCUUCCGACAUCGACGCGGCUGGAAAAGCGACGUUCGUCGGCUCCAUUGGCAUUAUCCGCCUCGCCGAAGAUGGGCAAUCGGCUGAGGUCGCCUAUGGAAUGCUGCCUCGCGACUGGGGCAGGGGGUAUGCCCCUGCAGCGUUGGAAUUUCUCGUUGAUUACUACUGGAGCAGUGACAGAAAAGUUCAGAAGGACAUUCUUUCCGCUGGCACUGAGCCCCGGAAUGUUCAGAGUCGGAGAGGUUUGGAGAAAGAUGGGUUUACGAGGGGAGCAACUAUCGAGAAGGCGUUUGAGGCGAGGGAUUCAGUCACUGGUGAGAUGGAGUGGAGGGCGGCGCGCCAUAUUGUGGCAUAUCGAGAGGCCGACGGCAUAGAAUGGGGCGUUUUUGCCGGCGCAGCCCUUUCGAACUUACGAUCAUCUCAACAACCAUUUUCCUCAUGCAAGACGAAGCAUGCCACCACGAGCGUGGAGGAAUCGCGGCAGCAGCUCCGCGGCCGGAUGCCCACGCCCGAAAAGCCGUGGAAUCGGCUGUGGGCUAUCAUGCUCAAGAACGGCAGAGAGGAAGGAGACGGGAGCGCGAAAGCGGUGCAUAUUGGGAAUAUCGAGAUGCCGAGGGAGGCGGAAGUCGGCUAUCGUAUCCAUCCGGACUAUUGGCGGAGGGGCUACAUGUCGGAGGCUCUGGCUAUGUUUAUUGCGUUCUGGUGGGCGGAGGAAGCAGCCGACCCGCAGAACAUCGCCAGCACGAACCUCCUACUCAAGCACGGCUUUCAGAAGAAAGGCCCGUUGCGAAAGGCUUUCUACGCGAGGGCUUCCUUGCAGGAGGGAGGCUGGGAUGAUCAGGCGAACAAGAGCGAUUUGCACCCCCUUGUACUCCGUACUUCGACGGAGAAGGAGAAGAAGGAGAAGAGGAAGAAGAAGAGGAGGAGGAAGAAGAAGAAGAAGAAGAAGAAGAAGAAGAAGAAGAAGAAGAAGAAGAAGAAGAAGAAGCAACUUCCGCCAUUAAUUCGAGUGAAUGCGGAUACCUCUGAGCGUAUUCUCGCUCCGUACUCCAAUGUGCAUGAGACAUCUACUCCGUAUCGAAUCAGAUCACCUGGUAAUAAAGUACAGAAGUCGAGUUGA